CCUCCCGGAAGUGUCCGUGUGUCUCUCUGAAGGUUCAUUCCUCUGAGAAACAGAAAUGCGGAUAGUCGUCACGAGCAGAAGAUUGCUCAUCGAUUAGUAUUUGUAUUAUUGAAUCCACACAAACUCAGUCAUGGCGAACGAGUCAGUGGGUGUGCUAUUCAAGCUGUACUGCUUGACUGUGAUGACUCUGAUUGUUGCCACAUACACUGUGGCUCUGAGAUACACCAGGACCGUGACCUCUGAACUCUACUUCUCCACCACUGCAGUGUGCAUCACUGAGGUCAUCAAACUGCUGCUCAGUCUGGUGAUGCUGUUCAGAGAAGCAGGUGACCUCGGCAGGUGUAAAACAGCGCUGGUCAACCACAUUUUCAGAAGUCCAAAGGAACUGCUCAAGCUGAGUGUACCGUCUGUGGUAUACGCCAUCCAGAACAACAUGGCCUUCAUAGCCUUGAGCAACCUGGACGCUGCUGUCUAUCAGGUGACGUAUCAGUUAAAGAUCCCCUGUACAGCUCUGUGUACAGUGCUGAUGCUGAACCGCUCUCUAAGCAGACUGCAGUGGUUCUCAGUCUUCAUGCUGUGUGGAGGAGUGACACUGGUUCAGUGGACACCACCAGAAUCCACUAAAGUUCAGAUGGAGCAGAACCCAUUCCUGGGCUUUGUGGCGAUUGCCGUCGCGGUGCUUUGCUCUGGGUUUGCAGGUGUGUAUUUUGAGAAGGUUCUGAAGAGUUCGGACACGUCUCUGUGGGUCAGAAACAUUCAGAUGUACCUGUCAGGUAUACUGGUGACACUUAUAGGUGUUUACAUGACAGACGGGACCAAAGUGUUGGAGAAAGGCUUCUUCUACGGAUACACAUCUUGGGUCUGCUUUGUAAUCUUUUUGGCGAGUGUGGGAGGAAUGUACACGUCAGUGGUGGUGAAAUACACUGAUAACAUCAUGAAGGGCUUCUCUGCGGCCGCUGCUAUCGUGCUGUCCACCGUGGCCUCUGUCAUUCUCUUCGGCCUACAGAUCACUACAACUUUCAUCACAGGAGGCAUGUUGGUGUGUGUGUCCAUUUACCUGUACGGUCUGCCGAAACAAGACACCACCAAAGUGCAGAGAGCUGAUGCAGACACCACAAAACAGAAACUCGUCGCUAACUGACCAGCGAUUCAUGGGAAACAGAGACCAAUGAGCUGCCAGCGUCAGCACUUGCCAAGCACCUGAGCAACUCCAGUAUUUAUGCUCCAAUUUUAGAGCCAACACAUCUUUGAACUAGACGCAAACAGAUGAUCGCUCAUCACUGUUGGCCAUAAAGCGCUAACACUAGACCACACAGAAGGGAAACCUUUUGUAGUUUUAUCUUCACUUUUGAAGGAGGGGGGAUGGGUAGUUUAAUUAUUUUUUUAAAUGUGAAUCUGUCCUUUUUUAUCUGUGUAUAAUAUCAAUUACACUGAACACUCUUAAUGCCAAAACAUACACUGAAUGUACUUAUGAGACCCAUUCGCACAUCUUGUUUAUCUUUUGUUUUUUCAAUUGUUCUCAAUUAUUUACAUGAGGUGAACGUAAAGAGAAUCCUAUGCGUCUGGGGAGCCAUGCUUGUAAAAUAACUUUCAUUUAAUUACAAUGCAAUGCAAAAGAUGACUCCCCAAGGUUAGUGAACACCUCUUUAUUGAGGACAGUCUCUGUAUGAUGCAUUUACAUUGCAUCUGCUGACAUGAUUAAACAUAUAUUUACAGUG